AUGUCGCUCUCCGGAAUGCUGAAGGAACACCAACAGAAGCAAGUUUUACGUAAAGAAGAGCAAGAGAAGUUGAAAAACGAAGCAAUUGUAGCCGCACACAAUCUAUCAGCAGCCGUAGUUGACCAUUUAAAUCUGAGAGUCUCUCAAGCGUAUGGAAACCAGAAGCGUCUUGAUGUGGAAGCUAAACGAUUCGAAAAUAACGCCGCCGCACUUGCGAAACAAUCUGAGCAAUGGCUGGCUAUCACAGAAUCCUUAAACCAUGCUCUAAAGGAAAUUGGCGAUGUCGAGAAUUGGGCUAAGGCAAUUCAGAAUGACAUGACUGUCAUUUCGACUACCUUGCAGCGGGUCUAUCAAGAGCGUCAAACGAAAUACUAUACUACAGUGACAUACCAUGUUCAAUGUGGCAUUCGGAAUGUCUCCACAUCACAACUAUUAGUAGCGAAGUACCGACGCAACUAUAGAGCAUGGGACCAAUGUUUCGAAGUACGGAAUGAAACAGUGCUGUGGACUUGA